UAUACGUGAAUAUGUGUGUUACAAUAGAAUAAACGACCUGUACCCAUUAUCAUAUCUUCUUGGAUGAAUAGUCUGAGGAGUGCAGUGAUUCUCCAGAGGCUAAUUAGUCUGUCUGCACACGUACACACAGCCAGUAUGAGCAGUCGGGAGGCGACUGGUGAAGUACAGAGGACCAUACACACCAAGCUGGAGCAACAACUAACUCCACUCCAUCUUGAGGUCAUCAACGAGAGUCACAUGCACAAUGUACCGAAAGGCUCCGAGUCUCAUUUUAAAGUGGUGGUGGUGUCCGACAAGUUUGAGGGAGUGGCUUUGAUCAAGCGCCAUCGACUGAUAAUGGAUGCCCUAGGAGAGCAGCUGCAGCAGGGAGUGCACGCCCUCUCCAUACAGGCUGACACUCCUGCUCGCUGGGAAAGCCGUGGGGAAAAGAUCACACAGUCACCACCGUGUUUAGGAGGCUCUAAAAGAUGAUGAUACUCAUAUAUGGACGUGCAAACUUUUCAACUGAACACAAUUAUUCAUGUAAUAGAGUAUUGGAAUUCUUAAUGCUUACGUACAGUCUUUAAAAUUGUGCUAUAUCAGACAUGCAUGCAAUCAAGACUCUAUAGAGUUCAUAAUGAAUUCUUGAUUGCUAUCAUAUAGUUAUACAA